UUCAGCUGUUUUAGUUUGAGUUCCACACAAGGCACAGUUUUUGCUUGGCCAUCAGGGAAGGCACAGGGAAGGCACAGGGAAGGUACAGGGAAGGCACAGGGAAGACACAGGAAAGGCACAGGGAAGACACAGGGAAGGCACAGGGAAGGCACAGGGAAGGCACAGGGAAGGCACAGGGAAGACACAGGGAAGGUACACAGACAGAGAGAGAUAGGAAAAUAGGGAUAAAAGAGCUUAAAUUGGUAGAUUUCUUUGCCACAAGCACAGGGCCCUUAAAGAUCUGGUAGCUGUCUUGACUUCCAUGAUGUCAACAACAAGAGGACGCGCAGAACGGCAGGGUGGUAACACCAGUCUGAAUAUGAACCACUAUGCCACUAAGAAGACGGUGGCAGGGAGCAUGUUAGACGUGGCCCUGCUGAUGGCCAACGCUGCCCAGCUGAAGGCCGUCCUGGAGCAGGGGCCAGACUUCAGGUACUACGUCACCGUCCUGGUCCUCAUCGGGUCGUCGCUGCUCUUCCAGGUGCUGGCUGGGGUGCUGUUUGUCGCCAUGGCACGUAAGGACCUGAACAACGUGGCCAACCAGAGGAAGCUGGACAUCAUGAACAACGUGGCCACCGGCCUCGUCUUCAUCACCGCCAUCAUCAACAUCUUCAUCACCGCAUUUGGAGUGCAGAAGACUGGCCUGUACCCCAAAACCUAGGCUGAAGACUGGCCUGUACCCCACAACCUAGACAGUAGACUGACCUGUACCCUAAAACCUAGACAGAAGACUUGCCUGUACCCCAAAACCUAGACAAUAGACUGGCCUGUACCCCAAAACCUAGAAUGAAGACUGGCCUGUACCCCAAAACCUAGACAGAAGACUGGCCUGUACCCCAAAACCUAGACUGAAGACUGGCCUGUACCCCAACACCUAGACAGUAGACUGGCCUGUACCCCAAAACCUAGACAGUAGACUGGCCUGUACCCCAAAACCUAGACAGUAGACUGGCCUGUACCCCAAAACCUAGACAGUAGACUGACCUGUACCCCACAACCUAGACAGUAGACUGACCUGUACCCCAAAACCUAGACAGUAGACUGACCUGUACCCCAACACCUAGGCUGAAGACUGACCUGUACCCCAAAACCUAGACUGAAGACGGAUCUGUACCCCAAAUCCUAGACAGUAAACUGACCUGUACCCCAAAACCUAGACAGUAGACUGAUCUGUACCCCAAAACCUAGACAGUAGACUGAUCUGUACCCCAAAACCUAGACAGUAGACUGAUCUGUACCCCAAAACCUAGACAGUAGACUGACCUGUACCCCAAAACCUAGACAGAAGACUGGCCUGUACCCCACAACCUAGACAGAAGACUGGCCUGUACCCUAAAACCUAGACUGAAGACUGACCUGUACCCCACAACCUAGACAGUAGACUGACCUGUGCCCUAAAACCUAGACUGAAGACUGACCUGUACCCCACAACCUAGACAGUAGACUGACCUGUACCCCACAACCUAGACAGUAGACUGACCUGUACCCUAAAACCUAGACAGUAGACUGACCUGUACCCCAAAACCUAGACAGAAGACUGACCUGUACCCCACAACCUAGACAGUAGACUGACCUGUACCCCAAAACCUAGACAGAAGACUGACCUGUACCCCACAACCUAGACAGUAGACUGACCUGUACCCCAAAACCUAGACAGAAGACUGACCUGUACCCCACAACCUAGACAGUAGACUGACCUGUACCCCAACACCUAGACAGUAGACUGACCUGUACCCCACAACCUAGACAGUAGACUGACCUGUACCCCACAACCUAGACAGUAGACUGACCUGUACCCCAACACCUAGACAGUAGACUGACCUGUACCCCACAACCUAGACAGUAGACUGACCUGUACCCCACAACCUAGACAGUAGACUGACCUGUAC